GCAGCUGGGUCGUUCUCACCGGUUUGUGUGCUCUCAGAGCGGAGAUGCCUCGCUCCUUCUUGGUGAAGAGUAAGAAGGCGCACAGUUACCACCAGCCCCGGACCCUAGAGGAUGACUACCGCAGGCUGGACGCCGUCCUGGCGCAUAUCUGCUCAGAGGCAGACAAGCUCCCAGACGACAGCGACGCCACGGCGGACGCGUACGGCCUCUCCCCGGACUCCCGCCCGGCGGACGCGGCGGACUUCUGCCCCAAGUCCCCGCUGAGCUGCGGCGGCAGCCUGUGCGGCCGUUGCCCGGACUACGAGGACUUCUGGAGGACGCCGUCCCCCUCCGCAUCACCGGCCGAUUCAGAGAAAUCCCUGUCUCCUCUGGCGGACGAGACCCAGCCCUUCACCGUCCCCUUCCGGCCGUACGCCUGGAGAAGCUACAUGGGGCCCGGGCUGCGGCCCCUGGCGCAGCAGAGUCUCCGCCCUAGCAUGGAGGUGGACAGGGGCCCGCCGGCGAUGGCCUUUUACCGGGACCAGAGGGCCCACUCGGCCCUGUACUCGGACCGGGUUCUGGGAGAGGAGCCUUACGGCGACUACAGGAGGCAGGCCGCUGCUCUGCUGUUCCCUGAGGGAGGCCUCCACGGGAAAACAGCCAACGUCAAGGCCCAGGCUGACCUGCUGUGCUCCGGCCUCAUCCUCAAUGGUGCCUACAAGUGUGUGAAGUGCAGUAAGGUCUUUUCUACUCCGCACGGCUUGGAAGUCCACGUCCGCAGGUCGCACAGCGGCACCCGGCCAUUUGCCUGUGAAAUCUGCGGCAAGACCUUCGGCCACGCCGUCAGCCUGGAGCAACACAAAGCCGUGCACUCGCAGGAGAGGAGCUUCGACUGCAAAAUAUGCGGCAAAAGCUUCAAGAGGUCGUCCACUCUGUCGACGCACCUGCUCAUCCACUCCGACACUCGGCCUUACCCGUGCCAGUACUGCGGGAAGAGGUUCCACCAGAAGUCAGACAUGAAGAAACACACUUUCAUCCACACAGGCGAGAAACCGCACAAAUGUCAGGUGUGCGGGAAAGCCUUCAGCCAGAGCUCCAACCUCAUCACGCACAGCAGGAAACACACGGGGUACAAGCCGUUCGGCUGCGACCUCUGCGGCAAGGGCUUCCAGCGGAAGGUGGACCUGCGGAGACACAAAGAGACGCAGCACGGGCUGAAGUGAAGCCCCGCGACAUCUCAUGCGGCCGGACCUCGGGAGUCCGUGCGUUCUUAUUCCUGGAAACGAGAAAACGCAGAAAUCCACCGAAUGAGACUUAGGCUUCGACACACAACCGUUCUGCAGUGUGAAGACAUCAGCAACACUAAAUACACCACCCAACUGCAGAGAGUCACGGAGGCCCGGGAAACCAGAGAUAAGCUGCGAGCUGGGAGAGAGACAGAGAGACGUGUCUUGCGUUCGCGUGCGGACUGAUAGGAAUCGGCCCCAGUGGCCACGAAACCCCAAAUAUUUGUCCUCACACUUCAACAACCGGAUCGACGAUAAAAGCCGCCGAGAGCAGAUGAAAUCUGCGCUUCUCCAAAGCACAGAGGGUUUGUUUUUUUUUGUUUUUCGGUUUGGUUUGGUUGUUUUUUUAUUUGCUGGGACUAAAUCAGGCAAAACAGCCUCCUCACACUGGAGGGUUACCGGCCAUGUGUGAGCCGUCAUCUUCAGUUUUU